AUGUCGAAAAAAGUACUAAUUAUUAAACAUUCAAUUCGUGUAUGUCCUGCUUAUGUAGCAACGUUCUUCACUGAACAUGAUAUUCCAUUCGAAAUUCUUUCUAUUAACGAUUCUGAUAGUCAAUCAAAGUUACCAGAUAAUAAUACAACUGAUUAUCAAGCUAUUGUAAGUCUGGGUGGACCGCAAGGUACAUACGAAGAUGAUUUAUAUCCCUAUUUAAAAUGGGAAAAAUCGUUUCUUGCAACUCAACUCAGUCUUGAUACACCUAUUCUUGGCCUAUGUCUCGGAGCACAAUUAGUUGCUGAUGCUAUUGGUGGACAUGGUUAUUUAGGAAAGUGUGGUUAUGAACUUGGUUAUGUUCAAUAUGAACUUACACCAGAAGGUGAACAAGAUCCAGUUCUAUCAAAAGUAUUUGAAGCACAACAAAAUAAACCAUUACUACUUAUGCAUCAUAAAGAUACAUUCGAUUUGCCACCGACUGCAUCGAUUUUAGCUCGUACAUCGAAUAAUUAUAUUGCUGCUUUUCGAACUGGUUCGGCACUUUGCGUGCAAUUUCAUCCUGAAGCAUCGUUCACUGAAUUUAGCGAAUGGGUACAGAGAACACGUCUCACUAGACCAGAGUUAUAUGGAAAUCUCGACAUUGAUGAAAUUCUACAGCAAACAAAAGCAUGCGAACUACAAGCUGCUAAAUCAAGAAAAAUAUUUUUUGAGUCAUGGUGGAAUUCUAUUCAACAGGAAUAG